AUGAAAGCAAAAUUUCCAAAUUGCUUCGUACAGUACCUAGUUUCGUGGGAAGGCUAUGGCGCAGAGGAGAACUCUUCGGAGCCAUAUGAGAUGCUAGAAGGCACUGGCUCAAAAGCCAUGACGGAUUUCCACCAUCAGUAUCGCCAUAAACCCAGA